AUGAUCUUACUGACCGUGGUGUGGGUCUUUUGGUCCCACACCCGCCAAGUCCGCAGGAGGCAUCCCCAGGGGGUGAUGAUUGAGGAGUACCUCGAGCAGAAGAAGGAGGGAAUGAAGAAGGCGAAGACACCAUGGUAUAAGUUCUGGCUUAAGAAAGGUGGGGUCAUCCGCGGCCGGUCAACACCACACACACUCGAGGAGACUGAGACGGCCGACGAAGAGGCAACUACUCGCCUAUCGCGUCCUCGCCUGACGAUCCUGUGCGAAACCUCAUUAUUAGGGGAGACUCCGAGUGAGAAACAGCACCCUCACGUCCAAACAACAAGCUCUGGGGCUGUUUUGGAGUUUGUCGCUCCACAGGACGGUCUCCAAGUCCCAUACCAACCCGACUCCGACGUGUUGGGUGAUAUCAAGAGGGCCCUUAAGGGCAAGGGUCCUGCGUAA